GGGCCUCCCUCCGUUCCUUUCAAUGGCUCAAAUGCCGCUCUUUUCCCUCGUCGUUCUCACAGACAUUUCGGCUGGUGAGUGGUUCAGCUGUUAUCGAUCUCUAAUUUUAGAACCGGAAUCUCUCGCUCUCUCUCUCCCACCUUUCUUUUCUCCGGCUUUUAACUAAUGGUCGGCUCGAUUUGCACCACAGAGGAUUUCAUCUGUGGCGGCAAUUUUUCUGUUAUGCUGGAUCGAUAUAUAUCUCUUUCUCUCUGCUUGUAGAUGUUGAUUUUCUCGUAAAAAUUAGUCGUCCAGAUUGCGGGUUUUCGUAGUUCAGAUUUUUUUGAAGAAAGUUAGCGGUUUGAGCUUUCCAAUUCCAAUAUUCUGCUGAAUACGAAUUGAUGCGUAGUGUCCUUAUGAUGCAUUUGUGGUAGGAAACUGACUUCCCAGAAAAUAAAGGUGGAAACUUUUUCUCCUUCAAAUGCAACGCUCAUUCAACUGUGAUGGGUUUUUUGUUCUGUAACUAGAUAGUUUUGGCAGAAUGGAUUCAAGGAAGGGAGAGGAUAGUAAUAACGUUGGAGUAGUUGGUGCUGAGGCUAUGGAAAGAUCAAUGUCUCAGUUGAAAGGACAUGGGAGCUUCAAAAAUAGGGAUAUUUUAUUUAGGGCUGAUCAGAUUGAUCUCAAAAGCUUAGAUAUUCAGUUGGAGAAAAAACUUUCCAAGAUUUGGCUGAAUGAUGUUCUUGGCUCUAGAAGAUCCAAGAAGGAAUGGGAAAUUGAUCUUUCUAAGCUUGAAAUAAGGUAUCUUGUAGCUCAGGGGACACAUGGUACGGUGUUUCGAGGCAUUUAUGAUGGUCAAGAUGUUGCAGUGAAACUAUUGGACUGGGGAGCAGAUGAACAUGCAACAGAUACUGUUACUGCUGCUCUUCGAUCAUCAUUUCAACAAGAAGUUGCUAUGUGGCACAAACUUGACAACCUACAUGUGACAAAGUUUGUUGGAGCAUCGAUGGGAACCGCUGACCUGAAAAUCCCAAGCAGUAACUCACUUCCAGCACCAGCAUGCUGUGUUAUUGUGGAAUACGUUCCUGGAGGCACAUUGAAACAAUAUCUUAUCAGACACAGUCGAAGGAAGCUGCCUUUCAAGGUUGUGAUUCAGCUCGCAUUAGAUCUUGCUCAUGGCCUGAGUUAUCUUCACUCAAAAAAGAUCGUCCAUCGAGAUGUGAAAACUGAAAAUAUGUUGCUGACUGCCAAUAGAACUGUAAAGAUUGCUGACUUCGGUGUUGCUCGUGUUGAAGCUCAGAAUCCCAAGGAUAUGACAGGUGAAACUGGGACUCUUCAAUAUAUGGCUCCAGAGGUUCUUGAAGGAAAGCCUUAUAAUAGAAAGUGUGAUGUCUAUAGCUUUGGUAUUUGUUUGUGGGAGAUAUAUGUUUGCGACAUGCCAUACUAUAAGCUUACUUUCAGUGAAGUUUCUUACGCUGUAGUUCACAAGGAUUUGCGACCAAAAAUACCACGAUGUUGCCCAAAUUCAUUGGGAAAUAUUAUGAAAAGAUGUUGGGAAUCAAAUCCAGACAAAAGGCCAGAGAUGGACGAGAUUGUCAAACUUUUAGAGGCUAUUGACACAAACAAAGGGGGUGGCAUGAUCUCUGAAGACCAGUUUCAAGGUUGCUUUUGCUUUGCAGCUCGUGGCCCUUAGAAAUUUUAAUAUGUUUUUAAAAGCUGGAAGAGUAAUUAGGAUGUGCAUUAUUUAUAUCCGUUGUAGUUUCUGAAGUUCAAUCUUAUAUUUAUUGAUCAUUUAUUUGCC